UGGAAGCAGAGGGGUCGGUGGCAGGAAGGGACAAAUGGGACACGGGGCAUCUGUGAGCCGGCCUGGGGUCUCGGUCAUAGCCGCGAGGGGCUGGAAGGGGCUCAAGCCGGCGACACCGGAGCACUGUUUACCCAGCGCCUGGAGAAGCAGGAUGUCCUCUGGAGAAGGCUACUCCAGAAGUCAAAAUCGCAUGAAAUUUAAUUUUCCGCCUAUUUGACAAGGCUCGGCGCGGCCCCGCGGGCAGCAGAGAUAAGGGCGCUCGGCCCGGGGGCCCAGGCCAGCUGCGCGGGCGGCAAACACUCCACGGUCCCCGGGCAGGCGGCGGUGCGGGCGGCCGAGCUGUGGGGUCCCCCCCCGGGCCCUCGUUGCCAGGCGCCAGAGCAAACGGCCGUGUUUGUCCAGUCUGCGACGACAAUGCCGCCAGCCAGUAUUUGCCAGCCCCGGGCGGCCUGCCGGAGCCCAGCUAUAAAUGCCAGAGACCAGGUGGGGACGGCUGCCGAGCAGAGGUUGCAGCUCAGGCAGGUGGCACCCGCUGUCCCCGGACGGUGAGGAGAUGGCUGCGGGGCUGACGUGGACGCGCUGUGCCUUCCGGCUGCCCCUGCCUCUCCACCAGCCCCUCCUGCCCGCAGACCCAGAGCCCCCAGAGACCUCUGAGGAGGACGAGGAGGAGGAGGAGGAGGAGGAGGAGGAGCUGGGGGGUGAGGGGCUGGGGGGCUGCAGCCCGGCCCCCACGGCCACCACCCAGGGUCCAAGUGGGCCCGAGAUGACGCUGCAGCUGCUGCGGUUCUCCGAGCUCAUCAGUGGUGACAUCCAGAGGUACUUCGGCUGCAGGGACAGGAGCCAGUUCCCAGACACCUGUGACAUCCAUGUGGCCGGCCGCCCUGCGGGCAGCUCCCCCCGGGGGCCACAGGACGCUGACCCGCUGUGCCUGGCCCAGGGCGGGGCCCCCAACGACGCUGAGACCACCAACGUGCCCAGGCCCCCCACGGGACAGGCGCACAGGCAGGGCCACGGAGGGGACGGGGGGCAGCUGCUGGGGCCCCUGGCCGAGCUCUUCGAGUUUGGGCUGCGGCAGUAUGCGGGGCUGGGGGUGCCGGCCGGCCGCAGGCUGAGGCUCGAGCGCAAGUACGGCCACCUCACCCCCAUGGCGCAGAGGCGGCUGCCCGCGUCCUUCUGGAAGGAGCCAGCCCCCAGCGCCCUGGGCCUGCUGCCUGGGCCCCCCCGACUUCAGUGACCUGCUGGCCAACUGGACGGCAGAGGCCGGCCACGAGCUGCCGGGGGAGGGGGUCCGGGCGGGUGGCCCCGACUCGGCCGGCCGGGCCCUGGAGGUGGGCCAGCUGGCCGAGGCCUAGGGCACUCUGCUUGGUGCCCUCAUGCGAGGUGCCCCGAGCCCCCUCGACCCCAGCCCAUCACCUGCAGGACAGACUCCCCGAGGCAGCUGGCUCCUGGGCUCAGCCGAGCACGUCACGGAGCUGCCACCACUGAGGCUGCAAGUCCAGGCACCCAGAGGUGGCCCCUGCCAGCCCUCGGCCCCACAGACCUCACCGCCGGGGACGGGAAGCGUUGGGGGGAUGGCUGGGCAGGGGCCUGCACUCGGCCCUUUCCAGGGGUGGGGGACGUUUUCCCCCCAGGGCAGCCACCGAGAUUGGAAGUCAUCAAGGGGAGGCCGGGACGGAGCUGCUAUCAGGCCAGGGCCUACCUCUGGCUCCCUGAUCCGGGGUCCCAGAAGGCCCCUCCCACAGCCAGGGAUGGGCCGAGGGUUCCUCCGAGGGGGUGGAGAGACGGGCAGCGCCGGCGAAAUGAGCAAACACACCCUGCUUGCCCGGGAUUAGCAGUGGAGAACCUCACUUCCUCUGAGCGGCCUGGUGGGGCCUAUAGGGCCCGGCUGGGGCAGGGGCCAGGGGUCCAAGAGGGUCAAGCCCACCCGCUGGCCCGCAGCUGCCGCGUCUCACCACAUACAUGGGGACACCCCACAGAGCCCUGGCAGACCCAGACCCGGGGCCCCCACAGCUCCCAGCUGAGGCCCCUUCUCCUUUGGCUCUGGAGCUGGGGGGCCUCACCAGGUGAGCCUGGUGCCGGAGGGGCCAGGGGCUGGGGGCCAAGGGGCUCACUCUGCACCCCAUCCCAUGAGGCCCACUGGGCCAGGCUCCCCGUGGCCCCUGGGAUCACUGCAGCUGGGUGAUUCUGACCCCGUCACCCCACCCCCACCUGGGUCCCCCCCAACCACGUCACCCCACCGCACCCCAGGCGCCACGGGAGCGUGAGAUGGGGGACAGGGAGGACUCUAACGCAUCCAAAACUCAGCCGCGUUUAUUUCUGGGACUGGGGCAGGGCUGCCAGCCGGGGGGCAGGCUCCAGGCCGGGGGGCUUCUCCCGGGGGGCUCUCGGCCUCCGCUUCGGCGUCAGGCCCAUGAGGGCCGCCUUCCAGUGCAACCACCUGCCAGGACACAGCUGGCUCAGCCCCGGGCCCCCACUGCCCCGCGCUCGCCCGCGAGGCCCGGGCGCCCACCUGGCGGCCUGGUACAUGCCCCAGCGGUUCACGGGGGCUUCCUCGCCGGGCGCCACAUCCUUGACAAAGCAGCGCCGCUGCCCACGCGCCACGGGCCCCCUCCUGCUGCCUGGCACCUGGGGCCCCUCCUCGCACCACAGCCGCAGCGAGGCCAUCUCCUCCGCCCGCUGCGGGGGCACCUGGCGUUACUGGGGGGCCGGGCCGGAGAAGGGGCUGCAGGAACCCCAGGUCACCCAGAGGCUUCCCUGCCCCAUGAGCCGGGGCCGAGCCCUUGUCUGCGGGCAAAUGGCAGUGCCCCGAGGAGCAGCGCCGCCCCACAGACAGACGGACGGACAGGCGGGGUGCUAGGCACGGGGGCUGGGACGGAGAGCGGUCCCGCCGGGCCCCUGUCACCUGCUUGGCUUCUGUAUUAAACUUGAGGUUCUGGA